AGGAGGAGGAGGAGGAGAGAUCCAAGUAAGCUUAGACGCGUCGAGUCGGAGUCGCGUCGCGGUAUCCCCGUGAUCAGAUCCGAGAGGCCCGCGCUCGUCGUCGGCUCGAGCACGGCCUGCAGCGAACCGCCUACCGCUGAUGACCAUCCCCCCUGCGUACACGCCAUCCACAGGCGGCCAUGUCUAACACUCGCGACGAGCACUCUGACAGCGAGGACGAAAUCCGCGAUGAGAGAUACAUGGGACAACCAGUCAAGAGUCCAUUCGACGACGCGUUCUCAGACGAGGACGACCGGAGCGGAGUACCCGAGUUCUCGCCUGCCGCCAUUCGGGAAGAGCUGGCAAAGACAUACAGCAUUCAAAACCGACUCACGCAGGACGAGGUGGCGGGUUUCGCCAUGAAAGUUGGCUUCUCGGUCGACCCGUACUUGUCGCCACCGCCUGUGGAGGCAGGUGAGGCAGAACCCGAACACUCACUCUCGGCACCCCCGACCAUGCAGCGGACACCUUCCGACUCUUCAGAGAGACCUGCUGCACCUUCUCACCAGAGCUCUUUCUACGAGGUGCAACUCAGCAGCAGUACCUCCGAGCUUAACUUGCAGGACUCCUCCCCCUCUCCCCCUGUACCAGUCUCGCCUCCACAACCUUCUGAAUCUCCAGGGGAGUCUCACUCUGCGGACUACCCUUCUGUCUACAUAGACGCAUCGAGGUCGCAGGCCGAGGUGACGGAAGUAUAUCCAGAGCCUGUCGAGCAUACGAACGGCCUGGUUGUGCCCGCUCGCCCUGCGUCUCUAGAAGACGUGCGAGCACGCAGUGUUUCGCCACGUCGGACACCGCCUCGUUCCGCGCCCAACGUCAUAUCCUCUUCUGUCUCCCAUCUGCCAUUGUCGUCCUCACAGCCAACUAGCUCAUCCCAUGCAUCCAUCUCCCACAUUUCCGCAUAUCCCGUGGCUUCGGCCUUCCGGCGGCAGAAGGCGAGGUCUAUGGGUCCUAGCGUUCUGGAUAGGGUCGUCAGCAAGACGCGACCUACGUUCCUUCCUCCAAAGCCCCGUGACGAGGACAGGAAACAUAUGGCGGACUGGGAACAGAUGAUGAAGCGUAGUCGCGCUGCCGAGGAGAAGAGACGCAAAGCUCUAGAAGAGAGACGUUAUUCGCGAGAAAAGAAGAUCGACGAGUCGAUUGGGCGUUGGGAGCGCGAGAUCGUCCCAGACUGGACUGUCGUCAAUCGAAACCCCGCGCUACGGAAGCUAUGGUGGGCAGGUAUUCCGACCAAGCUGAGAGCGACCAUGUGGCAAAACGCCGUUGGCAACACACUCGUGCUGAGCAAAGAUGCGUACAAGACGUGCCUAGCGCGAGCGAAGCGAGCCCUCAAUCACGCAUCCUUCCCCACGACGGUCCUUGGCCUCAUUGAGGAAGACAUCAAGACUACGCUGCCCUCACUUCAUCUAUUCGCACCUGGAGUGGGACCGAUGUACGAGGAUCUGAAGGACAUGUUGUGCGCUUGGGUAGUGUCGCGGUCGGACGAAGGGCUAGGAUAUUUACCCGGGAUAGCCAAGAUAGCGGCGAUGUUGCUGCUUAACAUGGCUGCAGCUCAAGGCUUCGUCGUCAUGCGUAACCUGCUCGAACGACAUUGCCUACGGUCCUUUUUUGGUGGUCUUACGUCCAAGGAUGAUGUCGAAGCGUAUUAUAGGAUCUUUGACACGCUCCUAGCGGAUGGAAUGCCAAAGAUCUACUUCAACUUCAAGCAACACCAGGUGUCGCCAGCAGCGUAUUUGCCUGAUUGGCUAAUACCGCUUUUCCUGGACCAUCUACCAUUCGAGGCGUGUGCGCGAUUAUGGGAUAUCCUACUGUUAGAGGGAGACUCCUUCCUGUUUCGUGCAUCGUUAGCAAUACUAGCCGUGCUGGAACCGCGCCUCUUCUUCCCCGAUCGCCGUGAACUCUUGGAGCUGCUAAAGGGAGAGAACAAACCGGCUCUAGAAGUGGCAAAACGAGAUGGCCGACCACUGAACGGUGCCAAGUACGAAAUCUAUAAUGUAGAUGAAGAAACGCUGUGGGAGCGACUUGACAGUAUGGAUGAGUGGUGGCGAGAGAGUACAUGGACAAGGCUCAUCCAGAGGGAACUACCGGACUUGUAGAGUGCGGCGAGGAAGUGUGAAAUCAAUAUUGUUGUAGUGAGUACUUACCGGCGGUUUUGUCGUAAUCUUAUUUCUAUUCGGUCGUUCCCUCUCGCACCGCCGAGUGCGAUACUUGUGCCAGUUCAGGUGGUGAUACAUUCGGGUCCGAGGACGAGUGAAUGACAUGAUGACCUCAUA